AUGCUGGAGCAUAUGUCCCGACGUUCCCGCUCCCUGCUCUCCCUCACCCUCACGUCCCUGGCGCUCACGCUCUCCGUCCUGGCCUUCUGCACCUCAUACUGGUGCGAGGGGACGCACAAGGUGGUCAAGCCUCUCUGCCUCUCCCCCGUCAAGAUGAAGAACUGCGGUUCCAACAACAGCCAGCCCGUCACUACUGAGAGUCCAACACCUCCACCAAAGUCAUCCUCUUCAUCUCCCCCAGCGUCCAAUAGGACAGUCUCGCCAAAGACGAAGGAGGAGCUUGCCAAGAUUCGGCAAAAGCAGUUGGCCAAUGCAGUGCACUACAUCUGGGAGACCGGGGAAGACAAAUACAUGCUGCGAUACUUUCACACAGGGUUCUGGCAGUCCUGUGAAAGACACAAUGAAGGUGAGAAGUGUCGGAGCUUCAUUGAGCUGACUCCUGGAGAAACCCAAGGGGUGCUGUGGCUAUCUGUGGUGUCAGAGUUCAUGUAUAUCAGCCUUCUUGCCAUGGGCUUUUUGCUGAUGUGGGUAGAGGUCCUUUGUGCCUGUGCCCACAAGGAGAUGUAUGCCCUCAAAAUCAAUGCCUUUGCUGCCAUCUGCACUGUCCUGUCUGGUAUGAUGGGAAUGGUGGCCCACAUGAUGUACACUACGGUGUUCCAGAUGACUGUGAGCGUGGGACCCAAAGACUGGAGGCCCCAGACCUGGGAUUACGGGUGGUCAUUUGCCAUGGCUUGGAUCUCCUUCAGUUGCUGCAUGGCAGCCGCAGUCCUGACCCUCAACUCCUACACCAAGACCAUCAUCGAGCUGAGGCACAAGCAGAGGCUGCGAUUGGAUGAGGCCCGAGCUAGCCACGCCCCCUCCUACGACGAGGUGGUGCCGGGGAGCGGCAUCUACUCGGUCAGCGGUCUGAUGCCGUGCCCUGACGGCCUGAUGGACACCAUGUGGGCCGGGGACAGGCUGGGGGAGGCGCCCUCCCUGGUGCUGGUUGGGGGGUGCGGGACGGAGGGGUGCGAGGACUGCGAGAGGGAGCUGGAGGAGAUGGAGGAUGCAAUGGAUAGGGAGAGAGAGAGGGAGGAGGGGUUCUCUGUGUCAAGAGAGGAGGAUGGAGGUAUGGAGGAAGGGCAAGAGGAAAGGGAUGCAUUCUGCUAA